GCUAUCGCCCCCGCCCGGCCGGGGCUCCGGGACCGGGCACCGGGAGCUGCGCUGCGGAGCACCGGGUCGGGACAGCGGGGAAAACGGGAGCGCCAAGUCCGGGCAGCGGGAGCAGCGCUGCGGAGCACCGGGAGCGUCUAGGCCGGGCACCGGGAGCGCCACGUCUGAGCCCCGGGGGCCGUCCCACCGCGCAUAGCGGGCUGGGGCACCGGGAGCCGUCUGGGCAGCACCGGGCACGGCAGAUCCCGUCACCGGGAGCCGUCGGGGCGGGACCUGAGCAGACCCAGUCACCGGGAAUCAUCCAGCUAACACCGGGCACGGCAAAUCUGGUUACCGGGAUCCAUCCAGGCAGCACCGGGCACCGCAAAUCCAGUCACUGGGAGCCAUCCAGGCGGGACCUGAGUGGAUCCAGUCACCGGGAGUCAUCUAACCAACACCGGGCAUGACAGAUCCGGUCACCGGGAGCCGUCCAAGCAGGACGGGGCACGGCAGAUCCGGCCAGGAGGACCGGCUGACCGGCUGGGCACCGGGCACGGUAAAUCCAGGCGCGGCAACUGGGAUCACCAUGGGCCCCCGCCGUGUGCUGCUCACCCUGGCCUGGCUGCUGGUGGGGCUGAGCGUGCCGGCACCGUGCCGGAGCCAGCUGCACGGUGAGAAGGGCAUCUCCAUCCCCGACCACGGCUUCUGCCAGCCCAUCUCCAUCCCGCUCUGCACUGACAUCGCCUACAACCAAACCAUCAUGCCCAACCUGCUGGGUCACACCAACCAGGAGGAUGCGGGGUUGGAGGUCCACCAGUUCUACCCCUUGGUGAAGGUCCAGUGCUCGUUGGAGCUCAAGUUCUUCCUGUGCUCCAUGUACGCGCCGGUCUGCACGGUGCUGGAGCAGGCCAUCCCGCCCUGCCGCUCCAUCUGCGAGCGUGCCCGCCAGGGCUGCGAAGCCCUCAUGAAUAAAUUUGGGUUCCAGUGGCCGGAGCGAUUACGUUGUGAGAAUUUCCCCCGGCAUGGCGCCGAGCAGAUCUGCGUGGGGCAGAACCAUUCGGAGGACGGCGGUUCACCGGCGUUGCUCACCAGUGCCACGCCGCUGGCUGGCCAGGGCACCCCGGGAGCCCCUCGUUAUGCCACCCUCGACCACCCCUUCCACUGCCCGCGGGCGCUGAAGGUGCCCAGCUACCUCAACUACAAGUUCUUGGGUGAGAAGGACUGCGCGGCGCCCUGCGAGCCCACCCGGCCCGACGGCCACAUGUUCUUCAACGAGGAUGAGAUUCGUUUUGCCCGUAUCUGGAUCCUCAUCUGGUCCGUCUUGUGUUGCGCCUCCACCUUCUUCACCGUCACCACCUACCUGGUGGACAUGCAGCGUUUCCGCUACCCCGAGCGACCCAUCAUCUUCCUCUCGGGGUGCUACACCAUGGUGUCGGUGGCCUACAUCGCCGGCUUCGUGCUGGAGGAGAGGGUGGUUUGCAACGAGCGUUUCCAGGAGGAUGGCUACCGCACGGUGGUACAGGGCACCAAGAAGGAAGGUUGCACCAUCCUCUUCAUGAUGCUCUACUUCUUCAGCAUGGCCAGCUCGAUCUGGUGGGUCAUCCUCUCCCUAACCUGGUUCCUGGCCGCUGGCAUGAAGUGGGGCCACGAGGCCAUCGAGGCCAACUCCCAGUACUUCCACUUGGCUGCCUGGGCUGUGCCAGCCGUCAAGACCAUCACCAUCCUGGCCAUGGGGCAGAUCGACGGGGACCUGCUGAGUGGCGUCUGCUUCGUGGGCCUCAACAACAUCGACCCUCUCCGGGGCUUCGUGUUGGCCCCACUCUUCGUCUACCUCUUCAUCGGUACCUCCUUCCUUCUGGCUGGCUUCGUCUCCCUCUUCCGCAUCCGCACCAUCAUGAAACACGGGGGGACCAAGACGGAGAAGCUGGAGCGGUUGAUGGUUCGCAUUGUCUUCAGCGUCCUCUACACCGUCCCGGCCACCAUCGUCAUCGCUUGCUAUUUCUACGAGCAGGCUUUCCGCGAGCACUGGGAGCGCAGCUGGAUCAGCCAGAACUGCAAGAGCUUGGCCAUCCCCUGCCCGCUCCACUUCACCCCCCGCAUGACCCCCGAUUUCACCGUCUACAUGAUCAAGUAUCUCAUGACUCUCAUCGUGGGCAUCACCUCCGGCUUUUGGAUAUGGUCGGGUAAAACCCUGCACUCGUGGAGGAAGUUCUACACGCGACUCACCAACAGCAAGCAGGGCGAGACGACGGUGUGACUCCCCCGAGCCCAGCCACCGCUGCUGCCUUUCGGCUUGAAUUAUUUUUUUUUUUUUUUUGGCGGGGGGGUAUUAUAUAUUUUUUAUUUUUAGAUUUAUUAACGUCUAAGGGGUGUCUCUCUUUCUCUUUGAUUUUUUUUUUAUUUGUAAUUAAACCUGUAAAUAGCAUUUGUAAAUUUAAUCAUAUAUUUCUAUUUAAGACAUGAAAAAGAGGAGGGGGAAAAAAGGAGGAAGGGGGGAAAGAGAGGAGGAAAGGGAGGAAAAAAGAGGAAAGGGAGGGAAAAAAAAGGAGAGAAAAAAGAGGGAAAAGGAGAAAGGAGAGGAGAAAAAGGAGGGGAGAAAAAGGCAAAAGAAGGAAGAACAAGGAGUGGGGAAAAAAGGGAAGCGGCAAGAAGAAAGAGGAAAAAAAAGGAGAAAAAGGGGGGAAAAAACCAUUUGCCCGGACUGGGAGAGGAUUCUCGCCCUCCCUCACCCCUCCCCACUCUCUGGGUUGGGGUUCCCCCUGCCCGCGGUGCCGCCAGGGCUGGGGGGCUGUAGCUGGGCUCGGGGAGCAGCCGGCUCCGUGCCCACUCUGUGCCCGCUCUGUGCCGCCCUUCCCUGGCGCUGCUCUGGCGGCCCCUGGAAAAAAGGGGGAAAAAAGAAAAAGCCCAAUAAAAAUCCCAUUUUUUUUUGCUUUUCUUUUGGAAGCCCCCAAAAAGUUGAUAUUUUUUGUAUUACCACCCCCCCACACACUUUGCUUGCACCCAGAAGAUGCUGUGACGGGGCUGUACCCCC